UCAAUAUCUCAUGGAGCUAUACCGUGCAACUUGGAUUACGACCUAUCCUGAGCCCGUACGAUGAAUAGAAAGCAGUCGCUUCCUUAAAUUGAGACCCUGCCAGCGACAGAAAUUCACACCGCGACCAGUACCACACUUGAAUUGAGUGCCCAACUCAUCGUUUGUUGUUACAUUAAGGCAGUGUAUUAUGUAUAUAGGAUAGCUAGGUAGCUAGUGACCAUUCAAGCUGAUCUUUAAGCUGCAAAUUACUAGCAGUUAGCAUGGCUCAAGUGUCGUUGCUGCACUCGUGGCUCUCCCAUGGCGCCGCGAGCGUCACGCCACAAGCACUCGCCUUCAUCUUCUUCUUCCCUCUUGUCAUGCUGCUCGUCACGGCGCGCCUGCUGAGGCCGAGCAAGCAGCUGGAGACGCUGAGCCGGAUCCCCUCGCCCCCGCGGCUGCCGGUUAUCGGGCACCUCCACCUCGUCGGCUCACUCCCGCACGUCUCCCUCCGCGACCUCGCCCGCAGGCACGGCCCCGACCUCAUGCUCCUCCACCUCGGCGCCGCGCCCAAGGUCAUCGUCUCCUCGCCGCGCGCCGCCGAGGCAGUCCUCCGCACGCACGACCACGUCUUCGCCUCGCGCCCCUUCAACCCGCUUGCCGACAUCCUGUUCUAUGGCCUCCUCGACGUCGGCUUCGCGCCAUACGGCGAGCGGUGGCGCCAGGCCAAGAAGCUGCUCACCAUGCAUCUCCUCACCGCCAGGAAGGUGCGGUCCUUCCGCGGCGCGCGCGAGGCCGAGGUGCGCCACGCCGUGGCCAAGAUCCGCGGCGCGGCGGCCGCUGGGGACGCGCUGGACCUCAGCGCGCUGCUCAAGGCGUACACCAACGACGUCAUGUGCCGCGCCGUGUCAGGCAGGUUCUUCUUCGAGGACGGCCGGAACAGGCAGAUCCCCGAGCUCACCGACGUCGUCAAGGACGUGUUCGGGGCGUUCAAGCCGCAGGACUACUUCCCGGCGCUGGCGCGGGUGGACGUGCUCUCCAGGUCGUCGCUCGUCAACGCCACGGCGCUCAGGAACCGAUGGGACAAGCUCUUCGACGCGCUCAUCGACUUCCACGUCCACAGGCUGCCGCGCCACCAGGACGACGACGGCGGACAGGAGGAGGAAGCAGAGAGCGACUUCAUCGAUGUCAUGCUCUCCCUCAGGGAAGAGUACGGCCUCACUAGAAACCACAUCAAGGCCAUUCUGAUGAACAUGUUCAACGCUGGAACAGACACGACGUACCUGGUGCACGAAUUCGCCAUGGCCGAGCUGAUGCGACACCCGCACGCCAUGGCCAAGCUACAAACUGAGCUAAGGAGCAAGGUAACCAAGGGGGAUGCAGAGAUCCUUACCGAGGACGACGACCUUAGUAGCAUGACCUACCUCAAGGCGGUCAUCAAGGAGACCCUUCGGCUGCACCCACCCGGUCCGCUCUUCCUUCCCCACCUAAACACGGCCGACUGCGAGAUCGAGGGGUACAUGAUCCCCGCGGGGACAACGAUCAUGAUCAACGCUUGGAGUAUCGGUAGGGAUCCUAGGUUCUGGGAAGACCCCGAAGAGUUCAUGCCGGAGAGGUUCCUCGACGGUGGUCGUGCCGCCGGCGUCGACUACAAGGGGCAGGAUUUCAAUUACAUACCCUUCGGGUCAGGAAGGAGGAUUUGCCCCGGGUUGAGCUUUGGGAUAGCCUCCCUCGAGAUCAUGCUGGCGAAUCUCCUGUACCAUUUUGAUUGGGAGGUGCCCGGCCCCGGCGGGAGUGUCGACAUGACGGAGAAGUUUGGGGUCACCGUGCACCGAAAGAGCAAACUUGUGCUCCUCCCGAAACACAAGCUAGCUUAAGUCGAGUUUCCUUUUGGCUCGGCUACUAGCUAGGCCCGUACCGUAGUAAUAAGCUACCUUAAUUCAAGUUAAUUUCCGUUGUUGAGUGCACCACCAUGGAAGAAUUGCCUAUCUGUUUGUCAUGUAAAAGGCAUAUAUAUAUCUCUACCAUAUUAAUAAUUA